AGUCAAAGUGAGGCGGCGCGCCGGCUAGCGCGCUCGCCCGCCGACUGUUCGCGAAUCCCGCCAGACACUAUGUUAUAGAGCAUACAUCAAUAAAACUAACUCCCAAUGUGCGUCCCGCUGUAAGGAUCUUAUCCGUAUCCCGCCAACUGAGCGAGAGACAACACACAACCGUCUUUCUAGUCUUCCUAAAGAAAAACGUGGUCAACGUGUGACGAUACCGUUGUUUUGAUUAGAUACGGAGCAAUGACACAAUUGUCUGAAAUUCUCAGAAGGAAAAUGCUCUAAGAACGUGUGAAUAAAAUUACUAGGUCUAUUAAAAAAAGCAAUAAUAAAAUCAAAUUAUUAAACGUAGAAACCCCUUAGCAGUGCUACAUAAUAUAAAGGCUUAGUUAUAUUAGUUUUAAUCUAUCGAAAUCUUCCAUUAAGUGUUAGUCGCGUCAUAACAUUUAUUCAUUGUAAAAUGAUUUCAAACGUACAGAACACAAGGCUUAAAAUCGCGAGUAGCAGUACUGUCGCCGAGAAAAGUGCAUUUUAAAAACGGAAAUAAAUAAUGGUAAUGGGAAAAUGCCGCAACGAGCGCAAUCCUCGUCGAACAGUUUGAUGCGACCGUUCGUGGUUCUAGCCCUGCCCGGAAUGUAUUUGCUUUACAAAUAUAACCAGUAUCGACAGCAGCAGAUGGAGACCGCGCGGCGCCGUGUCACCGAGAGGGAGCUUAUGCAUCUCAAUACGAAAAUCGAUAAAUUGCUCAAUAAACUGGAAGAAAAUGAACCGGAAUUAGCAUCAUCCCCCGAGGAGGAGUGCGUGAUAUGUGUGAACGCGAAAGCGACUAUGCAAACCUCACCGUGCGGACACCGCGUUGUGUGCCGCCGGUGUUUUGUCAAAACAAUACAGAUGGCCGUAAGUCAACGUUUGCUGCCUCUAAGAUGCGUCAUAUGUCGCGCCAAAAUCCUCAGGCUCCGGCAGACGCCUAGACUAGUUACUAGCAAGAGUUGGCAGGUGUCGAGUAGCAGCGGCAAGUCUUGGGGAGUGCCGGGCUCAGUUUCCAGCUACUCUGUCGGUGCCAGAUCAGUGCCAGCGUCAGCUUCCCUCUACUCUGUGACCAGUGGAGAAUCUUCCCUUUCUGGAGUGUCUUCCGUGUCGUCGAACAGCGGCAACGUGCCCACUGACUGCACAACAAAACUAUGUGGCGGAGCAAAAUGCGGAGGAGCUUGUCUUGGGGCGGUCCCGAGGGCGCAGGCCCCAACGCCACCGCGACCCAGACAACCAGCCUCUAACUCGUUACGGCGCUCGCAGCAUCACAGCAUGAAGGUUCGAUUACAGGAAUACCAGAUGCACAGCUACACGGGAGGACCAGCAGGCGAGCCUUCAGGUCGCCUUCCCCCCAUCCGGGAAUUCCAGAGGGAAUUUAGAGAGGGUAGACGCGAAAGUACAACUGCUAUCGCGUCUACUUCAACUAGAAUAAGAUGUGCCCAGAAAAUAGUUACGCAACUUGAAACCUCACCAAAACAAGACAAACAACAUUUCUUCCGACCUUUUAGAACACCAAACAAGGAAGACACGCCCGGAUCCAGAGACCCUAGUAAAGAGACUGAUAAAAAGAAAGAUAACCCCAAGUCGAAACCAAAAAAAGAAGACAAGAAGAAAAAAGACGACGACAAAUCAAAGAACGACGAAAAAUACAACAAAGAUGAAACAACUGAUAAUAGAAAAAACGAAAUAGCGGAACGAAAGAAGGAAGAGAAACUAAGACUCAAAGCUGAAAAGGAAGCCAAAAAAGAAGCUAAACUUCAAGCUAAAGAAGAGGAGCGACAAGCAAAAUUAUUAGCAAAAGAAGAGGAAAGACAAGCCAAACUGCUAGCUAAAGAAGAAAAGAAGAAAGCUAAAAAAGAAGCAAAACUAGCAGCGCAAGCAGAAAAAGAGAAAAGCAAAUAGUAAAAAAUAGCGAAACUAAAAUUACAACGUAGAAACUCGUAGCCGUCUUAUUAAUAUUAGAUUGAAAUUGUUAUUGAUGAAUCGUAAAAUUUUAAAAAUAGAGAUUUGAUAAUCUAAGUAGUCCAUAGAUAAGUACGUAUUUAGGAUUAUUAUUUAUAUUUGAAUUAUUUUCAGCCCAGGAAAUAGUGCUGUACCGAUUCUUGGUUACAUUUGUUUGAUAAAUAGAAGUUGUUAACCAAAAAUGUACAUAAUCUUAAAAUUCAAAUGAUAAUGAAAAGCAAUUUAAGGUACAUAGUUGUUGGAUCAUACUAAUUGGAACUCUACAAACUGCGAAGACUGAAACAAUGGGAAAAUCAUAUCGUUUUGUAAUUUAAUUGUGUAACAGUAAAUAUAAGGGCUUUGUGCAUUUCCGCAUUAUUUUCAUGAUUUAGUUUAACCAAUUUUAACUAAAGCAAUAAUCUACAAAAAAGAGAUAGGUCUACAAAAAACCACCAUUUGGGUGGUAAUCGCGUGCUGUUUCAACGAUCACAAACUCUAAAAAGUGUGAAUUUUUAAAAUCAGUCCACAAAUUACGGAGAAAUCGGUGAAUAUAAAUAAAAAAUACAUACACAAUACCUUCCUUUUUUGAAGUCAUUUAUACAAAGUCUAUAACGUCCCAUCGCGUAUGAUUUCUUUGGAUUUCUUUUUGUACAACACCAAAGGAUGGUUGGCGAUAAUUUAAAUAAUUUCCUGUGUAGAUCACGAAAAAACGGAUAUCACAGAACACAAUUGGUCCAUCUUUCCAAUACUGGACGACUAUAUACUCUGUCUUAGAUAAUAUUUAUUAUCUGUUAUGAUUAUUCUCUUUUUUGUUUAGUUUUAAAUAGUGUAUUACAGACAUUUAUUUUUUAGUUUUAAAGUGAAAUUCACAAUUAAAUACGAAGGAAAAUUGACCGUACCAAAAAACCUUGUUUAUUUUUGUUUUCAUGAAGUCAUUUUUUUUUUUUUUGGGAAAAUACGUUUAAUCCUACGCUCUUUUACACUUGCAUACUUGUUAUUUGAAAUUUAAGUUAUUUUUAAUAAUUCUCCCAUUUCAUUUUUUACAAUUUCAGCCUAAAAUACCUUCAUUGUCAUAGUAACGAUUAGAUGUUAUCAGCUAGAAACAAGAAAAUAAACGUGGCAGUAUUUUUAAAAACCAUUAAGAAUGCAAUACCUUUGAGACGGUUUUUUUUUUAUUUAUUGCUUAGAUGGGUGGACGAGCUCACAGCCCACCUGGUGUUAAGUGGUUACUGGAGCCCAUAGACAUCUACAACGUAAAUGCGCCACACACCUUGAGAUAGAAGUUCUAAGGUCUCAGUAUAGUUUACUGCCUACAUGCAAUGUGUCUUUAUUUAGUGGAUAUCUCUUUUUUUAUGUUAUUUUUGUCUUGUAUACGGUACUUAUUUUGGUAUUAAAAUAACAACGUGAAUCUUCCGUUAUGUAGCUGUUCCAUAUCUCCAUCCAUAUAUUAGUCGACUAUUAUAAAAAGCCGGCAAUGUGACUUUUGGACAAUGAUUGGUAAAUCAGAAAAACGAGUUAUUGACUUUGUAUUCCAUUGGCAGUCACAAAACUCUUCUGAACGACAUCUUAGAUAAAUAACAGGUUAAGUAUUAACCUUUAUUUAAUGCAGGUUUUGAACCGUAUUCUUUGAAGGAGACGAUUAUAUUCAAAUCAAUCUGUAUUGACAUAUCAAUAACAUUUUUUUGUCCAAAUGCACAGAUUGCCACCUUUGAUAAUAGACGACUCAUAUAUGACUGAUAAAAGAUGUCAUUAGGGGGGGGAUAGUCAUUACCGCGCGUCAUAAAAUAUGUCUACACACCUCGUAUAUUCCGUCAAACUAAAAGCGUGUACGAAGCUCUCGUAUAUUCGAUUGAGUUAUGCCACCCUUUCUGUCUCCGUCAGAAAGGGUGACAGGUUGUUCUAAUUUUGUGACUUGUUGAAUUAUUCAAUUUUAUGUUUAUAUCUGUCUAUAUCUUUGUAUCUAUAAUACUUUAAGUUCUUAUUUUAAGUACCGGUAACCUCGUUUUUUUUUUUUGUUUUUUUAUUAUUGAUAGAUGGGUGGACGAGCUCACAGCCCACCUGAUGUUAAGUGGCUACUGGAGCCCAUGGACAUCUGCAACGUAAAUGCCGCCACCCACCUCGAGACAUGAGUUCUAAUGUCUCUGUUUUUGCAGUACAGCGGCUGCCCCGCCCUUCAAGCCGAAACGCAUUUCUGCUUCACGGCAGAAAUAGGCAGGGCGGUGGUACCUACCCGCGCGGAUUCACAAGAGGUCCUACCACCACCAAUUAUUACCAAUACCAAUUAGUAAGAAUUAGUGAAAUGCGGGUGUUUUUUUCCUACCUAGUCGCUGAUAGUAUAAUGGGCUAUUCGCGCAGACGGGUAGAUAUGCUCUCGGGCUCGACCUGAGGGAAUUUGCUAACACCAGCCCUAGCAAGAGAAGUGGUUCGCAGAAUCCACCACCGAAUCGGAAUCGCGACCCACUGAGAAGAUCUGGCGAGAAACUCAGAGGGCUCUAUAUCUGCGGAUGGGUGGAGACCAGAACGCCAAGACAACUACUAUAUGGCAAACCAGAAGGCCGCAGAAGUCGUGGCAAGCCCAAACUCCGAUGGUUAGAUGGCGUUGUCAGGUUGUAUUAAGCAAAAUAUCGUUUAAACCAAAUAGUGUUUCACCCAUCGAUAUAAUAUGUCAAUAUGAAUGAUUGAACAAUAUUCAAUGCAGAGCAAGUGUUCCCCUAAAUAUAUCUAAAUUUCGCCAAAAUUUACCAAUACUGUGCCUACAUAUUAAUGCAAACCUGUUACAAAAAGCAAUUUCGCUAGUAAUAAAUGAGUCGACUAUUAUCAAAGCCGGCAAUGUGACUUUUGGACAAUUAUUGGUAAAUCAGAAAAACGAAUUAUUGACUUUGUAUUCCAUUGGCAGUCACAAAACUCUUCUGAACGACAUCUUAGAUAAAUAACAGGUUAAGUAUUAACCUUUAUUUAAUGCAGGUUUUGAACCGUAUUCUUUGAAGGAGACGAUUGUAUUCAAAUCAAUCUGUAUUGACAUAUCAAUAACAUUUUUUUAUCCAAAUGCACAGAUUGCCACCUUUGAUAAUAGAAGACUCAAAUACUCUUAUACCCCACAAUCUCGUUACUGAAAUUUCUUCUAGUUGGUAUAAAAGCAUAUCAGGUUGCGAUAGCAUAUGCUAGAUAAGUGUUGUCAUUUAUUUAUUAAGAGUUCCAAAAGAAGGAAUUUAUAAUUGUCAAUCGUUAGUGUUUUCCUGUAAAAUUAAAUAAUGUUACCAUA